AACAGAUGUUUGCGUGGAGCAGGGAGGGGAAACAACGCCUUUGCUCGAUUGGAGAAGUUGAACAGUGAGACGAAUAAGGAGGUCGCACAGGUCUAAAUAUUAGUCGGGAAUGGAUCCAUUUACCGAGAAGCUUCUGGAACGCACGCGGGCGCGCAGGGAGAACCUACAGAAGAAGAUGGCCGACCGACCGACGCCGGCCGGCCGGCAGAUGGCCAAGCGAGCGCGCGAGCCGCUGGGGGAGACCAACGGGCUGAGCGAGAUGGCGGCCGCCGGCGCCCCGCCCACCACCAAGCCAUCCCCGUCCAAGCGCAGGUGCUCGUCUGAAAACGAGCACCCGGGCGCCGGUGCAGAGAACCGGGAGCCGGUGGUUGCCAUGCCAAUCGAGCCCCUAACAGACAAGAAGCCCCCACUGGGGCCCGUGACUCUUCGCCCCGUCUCCUCACUGGAGAGAGAGGAUGUUGUCUCCGCCUCCUCACAGGCGCGACACACCGUUCGCUUUGCCCCCUCAGUGGAGAAGGAGGCUGUUGGCCCCACCCCCUCAGUGGAGAAGGAGGCUGUUGGCCCCACCCCCUCAGUGGAGAAGGAGGCUGUUGGCCCCACCCCCUCAGUGGAGAGAGAGGCUAUUGGCCCCGCCCCCUCAAUGGAGAGAGAGGCUGUUCGCCCCGCCCACUCAGUGGAGAGAGAGGUGAUUCGUCCUGCCCCUGAGAUGGACCAAAGCAGAGAUGCUGGCCCCGCCCCGUCCGGCAUGAAGUCCCGUCUGCAGAGACUGGCUGCACAGAGACAGCACUGGGACAAUGACGCUCCCUCUGAUGUUGUGGACAGCACCCAUGUCCUGCUCUCCCCAAUGAAGACACACAGACAGGAAGCAAUCGCAGCUGCCUCUGUCGACCUCGCCCCCGUCUCCACGGAGACGCCUGUGGGGAGGCGCGGCCGGCUGGCCAACCUCGCGGCCGUGAUUGGCUCCUGGGAGGACGACCUCGCCCCUCCGGGCCGAGACAAUGCACAAGCACAGCCUGGUACCGCCUGUGUCCCUGCUCCGGGCCCCGCUCCGGGCCCCGCUCCGGCCCCCGCCGCCACCAAACCCAGCUCUGCGCCCCGGCCCGCGCACGCCAGCCAGACCGCCCCGGCUCCGCACCAGGCACCCCAGUCUCCCCUGAAGUCAGCCAGGGCGGGCCUACCUGAGCCCCGGUGUGUCCCCCAGGUGGGGGCGGGCGUGUCCUCUAGCCCCCAGAAGAUCUUCCUGUCUGGUGGCCCUGCUGCACUGCAUUCUGGGAGGGCCCUCACUGGCAGUCCCCAGAAGGCGGGUCCCUCACCUGUGUCUGCGUCUCAGACUCCCCCAAAAAGCCAGUGGCCCGCCCGGGACAGGCCCAGCCCCGCCAAGCCUCAGCUCUCCACCAAGCCCAUCGCCACAGCGACAGCCACACCUCUGCUAAAAGGAGGAGCGGGAACCACAGGGGUGAAGUCCUUCCUGGAGCGUUUUGGCGAGAGGUGCCAGGAGCGCUCCACCAAAAACUCCCCGUCCGCCCCCUGCGACGGCUCGACCUCUGUGACCUCUGUGACCCCCGGGACGCGGCUGGCGCAGGAACGGCUGCGCAACGCCCAGGUUGUCACAGCAACUGCCGACCUGGCCCUCAAGCAGAAACUGGAGAGGGAGAACGAGCUCGCCCAAAUCCGCAACCGGUUCCAGAAGGCCAACGUGUGGAAGAACAGCGACCGAGACGCCGGGGCUAAGGAGCAACAUUCAGCCGAGCACAGGAUUGUAGAGUCCCCGGUUAAGGAGGAAAUCACAGCGCCACCUGUGGACACAAGGAGCACUGCUUCUACACCCAGUCAUAAAGAAGUAGCUCACCUGGAGCAAGCUGAGUUUUCAAUGGAGAAGAGGUCUGAAGAAUCUGGUGAUGAGGAUGAUGGGGAGAGAGAGGUGCAUGCUGUUGCAGCGGGCGAGGUUGUGCGUGAGGUUGAGAUGAACGUGGAUGAGCAGAACAGUUCUGAGGUCAUUAACCAGCUGUUUGAAGGAGUCCUGGAGGAGAGCAAGGAACGGAGGGCUGAGGAGGAGGAGGAAGAGGAUGAAGGUGAGGAGCAGGAGGGUGAAGAAGAUGCCCUGAACAUCUCCUCCAUGUCCCUCCUUACUCCCCUGGCUGAAACCGUUGCUGCUGUGGUGAAGAGCCCAGAGAUGAAGCUGCUGACCUCCACCCCCGCCGGCUCCUUCUGUGAGAAGAGCCGCACCCCCGACAGCGCACCCCGCCCUGGAAGGUUCCAGAGAGCCCGCGUUCUCCGUGCUGCUGAGGAAGAGGGGGGCCCAGGCGAUGAGGACCAAAACCUACCCUACAGCAUCGACGCAUACAGGUCCACCAGGAUUAAGGAGACGGAGAGGCCGCAUGUGCGUCAGGUGAUCGUGCGGAAAGAGGACGUGACUCAGAAGGGGGAGGAGCCUGUGCGGCCACAUCACAUCAACGUCAAGCAGAAGAUGAAGGCGCUGAGCAAUGAGAUGAACCUGCAGCAGACGGUGAUUCACCAGGCCAGCCAGGCCCUCAACUGCUGCACUGACCAGGAGCAUGGCAAGGGCUCACAGGUGGAGGCCGAGGCAGAGAGACUGCUGCUCAUAGCCACCGAGAGGAGAUCUGCUCUGAAGGUGGAGCUUGACCGCCUGAAAGGGGAGGGCCCGGCUGGUCAGAGGAAAGGCUCCACCCCCUUCAGAGCUCAGGAUGAUGUCGGAGUCUCCGCCUCCAAGGGUUCAGUGACCCUGCAGGAGCUCCGCCUCCCUCUGAAAGCAGACUUUGUUUGUGCCGCUGCCAACAAACCAGAAUCGGCCAACUUCUACUUCUUUGUCAUGAUCCGGGCUGGAGCAGAGAACACCGUGGCAACACCGCUUGCGAGCAUGAGGAGUGGGCUAAGUGGUGAUGCACUGAGCUUUUCCACCACAUUCACCCUCCCAGAGGUGUCCAGCGACUUUGAGAUCGACGUGGAGGUUUAUUGCCUGGUCCAGAAGAGGGAGCUCUGCCCUGACAAGAGAAAGAAAACCAACAAAUCAAAGAUUCUGUGGCGGCACAUGUACCAAGUCCACGAGGCCUGCUUCUCGGCCAUCACUCCCAAAAGACUCCUCACCUCCAUCACGAAGAGCGGGACUCAGACUCCAGUGGUGGCCAGCCCCGGGGGACCCAACGCUGUCCGCACCAGUAACUUCACCCUGGUUGGGUCCCACAAGCUCACCCUGGCCUCCAUCGGCAAGAACAAGUUCCCCCUGGAGAAGAUGAAUGUGGCAGGGAUGGAGAUACAGCUUCUCAGUGACAUGUUUCAGUACAAGGUGCCCUUCCUGUGCCCCCUGGAGGGACAGGUGUACCUGCGGCUGCAGUGUGAGGUGGGGUCCUGCGUGCAGGAGAGGGGCUUCCUGACCAUGUUUGAGGACGUUAGCGGCUUUGGCGCUUGGCACAGGAGGUGGUGUGUGCUGUCUGGCUACUGCAUCUCCUACUGGACCUACCCCAACGAUGAGAAAUGCAAGAACCCCAUUGGCCGGAUCAACCUGGCCAAUUGCACGAGCCGGAAGGUGGAGCCAGCCAGCCGGGAAUUCUGCGCGCGCCCGAACACCUUUGAGCUGAUCACCGUCCGGCCGCAAAGAGAGGACGACAGGGAGACGCUGGUCAGCCGCUGCAACAACACCAUGUGUGUCACCAAGAACUGGCUUAGCGCCGACACCAAGGACGAGAGGAACCUGUGGAUGCAGAAACUCAACCAGAUCCUGGUGGACCUGCGCAUGUGGCAGCCGGACUCCUGCUACCGGCCCCUGUGAGGGCGCCCCCUGCAGGCCUGGAGGACUGAAGCCCACUUUCACUCCGUCUCCCCACACACACCCCCCACCUUCCCCUCUGGGGACCCUCCACAGGAGUGACACUCACAAGAAUAUGCCAAGGGUGCAAUACAAGAUUAUUUGCAAUGUGUUUGCAGGGAUAUUUUAAGAGAAUUGUUUUAAAGUGGACAUUAAAAUUCUCUGAACGCAGGGAGAAAAGUUAAUAAAGCCAUACCUUUUUUAGACAUUUCAGUAUUUGAAGGGGACAUGUUGUUAGGGUCCUCCUCCCUGUGUGUCUGCUGUUAGCAGUGGACGCCCCUGCUCUUAAUCCACGCUAUUUUAAUGGGCUACUCUGCCUAACACACGACUCGUGGUUGAUAGCAUUUUACAUGAAUGUUUUUUCAUUUUAACCAGUUUGCUGUUGCUGUUUUGGAGAUGGAAAGAGGCUGAUCAGAUUGAGCUUGAGACCUAUCUUAAUCACGGUUUUCUGUGGACUUUAAUGCUGUAUGUCCCUCGUAACUCCUUCAGGAGAAUAUUCCUCGUCUGGAACACAACAACUAAUACAACUGGCGCUAUUCCAUUGUGAUUACUCGAGUGGAAGUUAUUGGAUUUUUUUUUUCAUCUGUAGGGCGAGUUGGAGCUCCUGGAGUUGGCAAUGGCCACUCUGCUGAACCACUCACUCACAGCACACUUAGAUUCAGCUGCAAGGAACGCUAUACAGAGGCCUUGCUCUUGAUUCAAUUUCACAUCUUUGGUUUGCAGUGUUCUAUGCAAACAGAACAGAGUAUUUAACACACGGGAUAGCUUUUUUUAUUAUCUUACAUUUUUUGCUGCAUUGACACACCAUGGUUUAAUCUUUCUCAUAGGCUGUUCCUACUACUGCUAAGAGAUGCUUUUAUUUGUUUAUAUAUAUAUAUAUGUUUGUGACUGUGGCAGUGUGUGUGUGUGUGUGUUCAUUUUUUAUUUUUUUUAAUGUCUGUAGUUAAUGGCAUUUAUAUGGUUAAAGCUUCCUGAGGUACCCGUGGAUAUAUCUGCUAGACAAUUUGCUUAAUUUGUUUAACUUCCUCAGCCAGUGAGGUUUAUUAUGGUAUAGUCUUUGAGAGCGAACUUUUAUUAAUUCGACUGUCUGUCGUGGAUAUCUACACUAACAUGUUUUUGACAAUACUAACCUUUUUAUAUCUGUGGUUGUUUACGUGGUUUUAUUGUACGUGUUGAACGUUGCGCAGCUGAACGGAGAGACUUUAUCAUUGCGGUCGCCUGCGUUUAGCCGCUGGGUCUUGCAUUUCCAGGAAUGUCACUGUGACAAGCUGUCCGGUGCACAAACUGAGCGCUCGUACAGCUUCUGUCACUUUAAAUUCCUAAACGCGGCAGAAAAAUCUGCUCUCGAAAACACACUCCAGAGUUACAUGGGCGGGAUUUUUUUUUGGAAAAUGUUCCAAUAAAUGCCAGACAUUUUAACAAGA